GCUCUCGGUGUAAGACAACACACUAAACUAUCAGCUUGUAGCGGUAUCAAGCUAGCGUCUUGGUGACAAGUUAACAUACUUUUACAACGGUACCGGAGCUGUUAGUAAACUGUCAGGUGAUGCCGUCCUCAGAUUAUGACUCGUCUUGUCUGCCGGACCUAUUACCGCUGUACUACCGACGUCUGUUCCCCUUCUCCCAGUAUUAUCGCUGGCUAAACUAUGGAGGAGUGCAGAAGAACUACUUUCAGAAUCGAGAGUUCUCCUUCACACUCAAAGAUGACAUCUACGUCCGCUACCAGUCGUUCAGCACACAGAGCGAGCUGGAGAAGGAAAUGCAGAAGAUGAACCCUUACAAGAUUGACAUUGGAGCAGUAUACAGUCAUAGGCCCAAUCAACACAACACAGUGAAGUCAGGGACCUUCCAGGCCCUGGAGAAGGAGCUGGUGUUUGAUAUUGAUAUGACCGAUUAUGAUGAUGUCAGAAGUUGUUGCAGUGCUGCAGACAUUUGCUCCAAGUGCUGGACCCUGAUGACCAUCGCCGUUCGCAUCCUGGACAGAGCUCUUAGAGAUGACUUUGGUUUCCAGCACCUUCUGUGGGUUUAUUCUGGCAGAAGAGGAGUACAUUGCUGGGUGUGUGAUGAAGCUGCCAGGAAGCUGUCUGUAGCAGCACGCUCUGCAGUUGCAGAAUACCUCAGCCUGGUUAAGGGAGGUGAAGAGACGUUGAAAAAAGUUGUGUUGACAGAUCCAAUUCAUCCUUUCAUUAGGGAGUCUUUGGCAGCGGUGGAGCGAUACUUUCCCCGCUACGCACUGCAGGACCAGGACAUACUGGGCCGCAAGGAAUCUGUAGACAAAGUGCUGGGACUCAUGCCGGAAGAUGUAAGAAAAGAAUUGCAGCAGGACUUCCAGAAUGAGAAGAAACCCGAGACCCGCUGGAAACUGAUCAAGGAACAAGCCAUUAGGAAACAGGGCACUGCCAAAAAGGGCCAACACUUUGAGAAAGAAAUCAUGCUGCAGUAUUGUUACCCACGUCUCGAUGUGAAUGUCAGUAAAGGUGUGAACCAUUUGCUGAAGAGCCCCUUCAGUGUCCACCCCAAAACAGGGCGCAUUUCGGUUCCCAUGGACCUCAAAGAAUUAGAUACGUUUGAUCCUUUUGCUGUGCCCACAAUCAGUCUGAUUUGUGAGGAGCUGGAUCGGCCCAGGACAGGCGAAGAGGAAGAGAAGUCAGAGGACAUCAAGGAAAAGGAAAACGAGAAGGAUGCAGCAGAGAGACGAAAGAUCAGAGAUUACAAAAGAACCAGCCUGGCAAAGUACGUGAAAUACUUUGAUCAGUUUCUGGAUGGAAUGGCUCGUGCAUGGAAAGGCGAAAUUCUCAGAAAAAGUGAUCUUCAGAAAGAUUUCUAAACUGGAUAAACUAUCAGAAUGUGAUACAGAAGAGGCAUUGUUAUUAGCUCCCUGUCACUUAAUGUGGGAGACAGAGCAGACUGUCCUGUUUUAGCGUCUUCAUGUUGAGGUGGAAUAUUGCUAUUUUUAUGGUGAACAAGUUUUAUUAUACUCUAAUUAGAUUCAGUUAUAAUACAUUCUAAAUUAUCUCUAACUGUAGGAUUUUCCUAGUACAAUGCCAAUUUUUGUCUGCUUGUUGCCUACAUUUUGUUUUUGUACAGUAAUUUGUGAAAAUAAAUUUUGUAUUUCUACUCUUUCAAAA